AUGAACAAAACAGGUCUCGUCUUCCAAGCCUUCAGCGCCCUCCCCACCUACUUCCUCCGCCUAGAGAUCAAGUCCAAGCUUGUCCUUUUCUUCGAGCACUUUCCGGGGCAGAGUCGCCGGUUUGGUUCCGACAUCGACCCGUUCGACAGCUGGCUGCACAUCGGCGGUCUCAGCGACUUCGACUUCACGAGGAUCAGCAUUCCCCCCAACUUCAAGCACUCCCUCUUCGGCACGUUGAACUCACCACCCUUCCGCCUCGGCCUCACCGCCAGCGAAAAGGCCUCACCCCUCCUCAGCAACGACCCCAAACCGUACAAGAGCGUCCCGUCGCUCCCCCUGCAAGAUUUCGUCGAGGCCCUGCGAAGGGUCGGCUGCAGCCAUGUACGGGUCUCUUCGAGGGUGUCACGCUUCGCAGGCAGCCUUCCCAUUGACAUGACGCACCCAGCCCGCGCGAACAACAUCUGGAAGAUCAGUCAUGGCAUUCUCACUCGAGGCAUCACCUUGGUCAGGGCCGAGUCGGGCGGCACGGCACACAACGUACCAGGCAUGGGCGAGCUCGGGCGUGGCUUUGGGCUGGUCGACAUCGUUCUGCCAGCAAGGGCCGACGGCAUCUACCACCUCCGUGUCGUCCCGCAGCUGCCGGAUGCCCUUAGCUACGCAGAGCCAAACCCUCGCGCAUACUGGAACGAGAUGGACGAGCGCGACAUCUAUCUCGAGACUCUGAGCAAAGCGGGGCGGUGGCAGUUCCGAACCGACACGUCCAACUCCGAGUGCACGCUGGCGGGUGUCAUCGUCGAGAUCUGGGUGCGAGCCGCAUCGCUGGACGACGCGGAGAGCGCGAUCAAGGCCUCCGGCCUGCGCAACUGGCAGGACCUUACCACCGGCCGACAGACGGGAUCCAAGCUCGAGACCCUUCGCAUCCGCAAGAACCAGUACAUGGAACACUUCUCCGAAUCGCUGGACAGGUCGCGGACGGCGACGGCUCAGAUGGGCGAUUUCGACCGAGAAGAGGCCACUCGCAUCAUCGAGCGACUCUACGCCGAGAUUGGCUACGUCGACCCUUGCAGGUACCCGCCGUCGGGCUUCCCAUACUUCACGCUGCUGCCGCUGCCGCCCGAAUAG